AGCGAGCAGCGUCUAUAUUAUCACAACGCUCUCCCUUUAUCAUUAAAUCAUGCCUCAAUCAUAUCCCUCCAUCCAUUCGUUCUACAAACGGGAAGUCCCCGCCGAAAAGACGCGCCCAAACACGACUGAACCAGAGAUCUCAAGUCGCUGCGAUGACGGCUUCAACGAAGAAGAACUACUCCAAGCAAAGGACCCAAUGAGUCGCAAAUGGUCCCCAUCGCGCGAGUAUGAGGAAUCGACAAUCCACAAGCUAGUCCCCGGGCCCAACUUCGUCACUUUCCAGGGCCGAGUUGUCAAUUUCAGCACCAUCAAAGGUUCAUCCAGCGUCGAGAAAAAGGCAGCGGGUUGGCAUAACCUGCUACUCAAGGAUAACACCGCCGCCAUCCACGUACGGUAUUCUUCUUCCUGUACAUAUUCUGGCGCUGACGUGGAGAUUCUAUAGAUCAAGCUCUACUUUGCGCCAAAUGCUUACCCUAUCAAACUGGGACAAUUGGUAUCUGUUUGGACAGGCUUUAUCUCCAAUCCCUCCAAACAUGGGCUCUCUAAUAUCCCAGGAAUAACCGUAUAUGGUAACCUCUUUCCCGGUCGCGUAACGUCCGAUCUUUUUAUGAUCCAUACCAGUGACAGCGCUUCAACCAUCUGUCGCAUUCCCCUCGAGUACCGCAAAUCCCAACCUCUCUCUGGUCUCAUGUCGCUAUCCAGCUACUUAGCCGGCGGUCACGAUGGCGUCAACGGAGUCAAAAUCCUCGUCUGCGUCAAGAGCAUUGGACCUCUCAAGAAAAUCCCCAACAAAACGGGUGGAUCCUCGGAUUUGAUUGAAGUGCUUUUAUUUGACCACACGGGCGAAGUCCGUUUCACGGCUUGGAACGAGAUUGGUGAUAAUGUUAAAGAUUGGCAACCCGGAGUGACGAUUUUGCUGAUUUCCAACCCCGGAUAUCGCGUUGGACAUAAUGGGAAGGGGACUGUGGGUAUGGUUCGACCAACGAUGGUAGAUGUUGACCCGCAAUUUCCUGAUGCGGAGUGGUUGAGAAAGUAUGCGAUGGGAUUGACGAAGCGUGAGAGCUUGAGCUUGGCAUUUCCGGAAGGCGUCUGGGAUGUAGAGGCUGCGGAAUAUGGGGUUGAGAGAAUUUUCUUCACGUUAGCUGAGUUAGAGAGGUGGUGAGUAUCUCACUGCUUCUGGCUCAUCGUAGUCUUUGGAGAUUCUAAUGUUUUCCAAGGGUGAGAUCUGAUGGAAAUGCAGUGUUUACUGGGUUCAUCAAUGUCAUAAUUCUGGAGAUGAAUCUCUACACCCUACAUCGACGUAACAUGCUCAUGUGUGGAGAAUGGUACAUUCAACUAUAUUCCCAUUAUUCGUUUCUCUUCUUCACUGACACCUUCUAUUUAGCUGUGGAGUGCCAAGCUUCUCUAACACCUCACCCACACCCUGUACCCAUUGCAAGCAAGCUGUUUCACUUCACCUCAACCCCAAAAUACUCGGCACUCUACUCGACGAAACAGGUUGUAUCGCAUCUGGAAAGCUACUCUGGAGCGACCGAGCCUGGGAGUUGUUGUUUGGCAGAAGUGUGGAAAAGGUUUCAAAGAUGUCGAUGCAGGAAUGCAGAUUACUUGAAAUGAGGUGUCUGGGCAUGAGAAUUCAUCUUGUGGUUGGAUGGAAGGGUGAGGGUGAAGAGGGAAGAUUAGGAGUUUUGAGUGUCAUGACUUAAACAUCGGAUGACGGUAACGAUAAGGAGAGUAUUGCUGGUUUACGGGAAUAGAUGGCUGAGUGGCUACUUACUUGUUGGUUUUGCUUCAAACUAUAGAAAAGGUUCAUGUAUACCUGAGAUGGAGAAGAUGCUUGGUUGAUUGAUAU